AUAGUCUUUGCAUAGGUUAAAAGAGCAACCUCUCAUUGGAAGUGGUGAAUCGACUGCUUUAGUCGAGAAGUCAAUUCACUGCUCCAUACUAGAACAAAGUCCAGUAGUGGAAUUUUCGCAUGGUUAACCUUGGUUAGUGUAUGCCGGUGGAGGUUAGCCGCCCGCCAGGUUUUCGAACCAAGAGGGUCUGGAUAACUUCAGGUGAGAGUCCAGACUAGUAAAGAAAAUUAAGCGGUUUAUCUAUCAAUCUGAGUAAUUUGGGACCGUAUAGCCUGAACUAGCUGCACCCUAGGGGGAAUCAUACCCGAAUGAACUUUUGAACAUGAAAAGAACCACACCCUUACUUGCUUUUUGUUUCUUUUGCACUGAAAUCACUACACUCUUUCAGUCCUGCUAGAUAAUAGGAGUUCACUGAGUAGACAGUAGAUCUAGAGCUCGGGUCGAUAAUUAGACAUAACCACUAUUCUGCAUUUCCACUCUGCGAUUAUACUUGGUCGUAGUUUGGUGUUGUGUCGUAGCGUGUCAAGUUUUUUGGUUACUGCAGUUGUUCUACUGCAGUUUAGUGGGUUGUGAUGAUGUGUGGGCGGAUUGGUGGACCAGUGGAUCCAAUUCCCCCAAUUAUUUUGGUUACUAACGGGAUUCGAGGUAUGUUGUUGUCUGUUUUGCUGGAAAAUGGUCAACCUGGACCAUGCCUUUUUCCAGGGCCUCCGGUACACCGACGCCUACGAUGCGGCGUUUGCCAAGAUGAGGGUGGCCGAGAUUGGGUGCCACUACACACUCAAUCUCGCCUAUUCGACCAGUUCCUCUGCCGCGACGCCAUGGCGGCGACCAUCCCUCAUCCCCAAUGGCGCCGCCUGCUCGAGCUCCAGGACGACAUCUACGAUGAGCUCACCCUGGAGUUCUACAACACUUCCACCCACAUCAGGAAAAAGCUGGCUUACCAUGAGGGCGCAGUCAGUUUACGCCUUGGGGGUCACCACCACAGUUUGAGCUACCACGAGUUUAGCACAACCCUGGGCAUGGACUCCACUCACAUGCACGAGGUCGAGCCAACCUUUUCGCAGGCCGACUACCGGGGUUCUACAAGCGGAUCUGCGUGCACCUCCCAUACGCGCACAACCGAACCAGAGCCACCUAGCUUCAUUGUAACUAUCCCAACCAAACAAUCACCAAUACCAAACAAGAAAAUGGAUGUAUUGAG